AUGGCCGUCGCUCGAACGAAGAUCGACAUACUCACAAACUGCGAACGGUGGGCAAAGACUUGGAUCAGCAUGGCCGUCGCUCAAACGAAGAUCGGCACACUCACGAACUACGAACGGUGGGCAAAGACUUGGAUCAGCAUGGCCGUCGCUCGAACGAAGAUCGGCACACUCACGAACUACGAACGGUGGGCAAAGACUUGGAUCAGCAUGGCCGUCGCUCGAACGAAGAUCGACACACUCACAAACUGCGAACGGUGGGCAAAGACUUGGAUCAGCAUGGCCGUCGCUCGAACGAAGAUCGACACACUCACAAACUGCGAACGGUGGGCAAAGACUUGGAUCAGCAUGGCCGUCGCUCGAACGAAGAUCGGCACACUCACGAACUAUGAACGGUGGGCAAAGACUUGGAUCAGCAUGGCCGUCGCUCGAACGAAGAUCAGCACACUCACGAACUACGAACGGUGGGCAAAGACUUGGAUCAGCAUGGCCGUCGCUCGAACGAUGAUCGACAUACUCACGAACUGCGAACGGUGGCCGACGACUUGGAUCAGUAUGGCCGUUGCUCGAACAAGGAUCGACAUACUCACGAACUGCGAACGGUGGGCAACGUAG